AUGAGCAUGAGAGAUGUUGCUGCAAAGUUUCAUGUCAACUCCUUUAGCUCGAUUUUCGAAUGGGUGAAUAAGCUUGAUGAGUUGAAGAAAUCAGUAAAAUCUGAUAAAAAAUUAAAAUUAGAAAGCUUCACUCAAUUUCCAGAGCUAGAGAAAGAACUAGUUCAUUGGUUUACUGCAAUCCGUGAGCAAGGUAUUCAGGUUCUCAGAUCAACGAUUGAGGAGAAAGCAAAAAGUUUGGCGGCAGAAAUGGGAUUGGCGCGAUUCGGCUGUGGAGAUAAAUGGUGGCAAGGAUUUAGGACCAGAAAUAAUUUAUCUUUCAGAAAAAUCAAUGCCUCAAGCAUUAAGCCAAUCGAAAAAGAGGCAGAACUUGUCAGGCAAUACCUAGAUGAUUUAGCGUCAUUGCUUCCUCAAUUCGUUCCAUCUAACAUUUACAAUUUCGAUGAAACGAGAUUUGAUUGAGAUGUAAAAAGCAAGUUCACUUAUGAUUUCAAGGGAACUCAACGAAUUCUAGGCGUUCAAUCAGCUAAAAUGAACCAUUUUUAUCACUGUUAUGCUUAUGAUUAG